UGCUGUAUCUUGCAACGUAUAAAUUACCAACCCUUCCGAAUUCAUCCAACUCGACACGAUCAUAACCCGAUCUAGUAUAACCAAGUAUCAACAUGGCGGUGGCUCAUCCGUGACGACUGUUAUCGUACCUAUCUAGGUAGGUAAUGGCCUUGAAUAUAUCUAACCCGUUUGGUUAGGUUGGUAGUAAAACUCGGGUGGUCUGGCCGAAUUUUGAUCUCAAAAUCUCAAUAUGAGACACUUCGCGUUUGAAAAUCCUGAAAUCCCACCCAACGAGGGCCCUGCCAUCCAUAGCAUGAUGUGGGCUUGUUCUAGCCCCAUUACACAAAGCUGAUAGAUUUUUUUUUUCUUUAAAUCCCCGAUGCGAGUAAGACGGAUCACCCAUCAUGGAUCCGAUGGAUCAACGUCUACGUUCUUCUGCUUGAGCCUCACGACUCAGCUCUUUUCUUUCGCUUAUACUUUCUACCUUUCGUUUCUUACCUUUACGUUCGUUCGUCGGCGGGACCUUCACUCGUUUUAUUUUAUUCUUCGCCAUAUCAUUACUUUCAUUUCGAUUCGUAGGCAUCUGUAUUAAAUAUGCAUUUUAAGACUUUUUUCUUGGUGGCCGCCGCUCGUGUUGUUCUUGCCAGGGUCCAGUUUUUGGGAGUCGCCAUAGCCGGAGGAGACUUUGGAUGUCAAAUUGAUGGGUCAUGCUCUACGGGCUCGACUCAACUCCCAUUAAACAACGAUGGGAUUGCGCAAAUGCAGCACUUCGUCAAGGACGACAGUAUCAACAUCCUCAGAUUACCAAUAUCAUGGCAGUUUCUGGUGAACAACAAACUUGGAAGCAAUCUUGAUAGCGGCAACCUAGCAAGAUACGACCAGCUGGUGCAAGCUUGUCUCGCAACAGGGGCACACUGCAUGAUUGAUGUCCACAACUUUGCCCGUUGGAAUGGCGGUAUUAUCGGACAAGGCGGGCCGACGGACGACCAAUUCGUUAGCCUCUGGAAGCAGUUGGCAUCGAAAUAUGCCAAGAACCAAAAUAUCGUAUUCGAACUCAUGAACGAGCCACACGAUCUCGAUGUCGGUGUGUGGGCGAGCACUUGUCAAAAGGUCGUCACUGCAAUUCGAGAAGCAGGUGCAACGUCUCAUAUGAUCUUGUUGCCUGGGACCAACUUUGAUAGCGCAGCGACGUUAGCCGACAGCGGUGGCGCGGACCAACUAUUGGAUAUUAAGAACCCAGAUGGGACGACGGAUGAUCUGAUUCUAGAUAUCCAUAAAUACUUGGACGAGGACAAUUCUGGGACGCAUUCCAAAUGCACAACGGAUAAUACCGAUGCAUUUACCACUAUCGCACAGUUCUUAAGAGAGAAGGGGAGGAAAGGAUUCAUUAGUGAGACGGGAGCAUCACAGGACGCCUCUUGUCUCGGCUCGUUUUGCGCACAAAACGCUCUCAUCAACAAAAAUUCGGACGUUUUUGUAGGCCUAGUGGGUUGGGGAGCCGGUAGUUUCGACACUUCGUAUGUUAUGAGCAUGACACCCUCGAAGCAAAACGGACGACUGGUCGAUAAUCAAUUGAUGUCCCAAUGCCUCAUCGCAACAUGGGUGAAUUCUAAGGACACCGGAGCGGCAGGCCCCGAGCCAUCAACACCACCGUCAUCUUCAACUCUCCCCGCCAAUCCGACUUCUGCAACUACAUUGGCACAGACCAGUGUACCAGUAGUUACGGUCAAGAUCGAUCCAGAAACCACCACGCUUCACACGACAUCGAUACCGUCUAGUUUAACAACUUUGAUAGUCGCGGCCGGGACGCCAGGUAGCCAGUCGUACAGUAUUGAUCUGGCCAGGCCGACAACUACAAAAUCGCAACCCCAGACCCAAUCCCAAACUCCGAUUCAGUCACCGACUGCUACUACAGCUACAGGUGGAUCUUCUUCGACUCGGGUAUCGACGAUUCUUCUGGGUUGCGCGUUGAUUUCUUUGCUUUUACGUUGAGAAAUAUGGCAUUUCGAAGAUCGUAAAAACGACAGAUGUUUUGCCUCAAGUUAGGGAAUGACGGUCGGCACUUACACCUGACGGAAGUAAUGGCUUCUCGGUAGGAACUAUGUUCUCAUGAGAUUAUGUCUGUAGUAUUAGCGAUUAUGCAGCGCAUGUAUAUACUUUGAUCGAUAACGAGUAUAUGGUUAUUACGGAACCAAUAGUGAAGAUGCUUCUAGUGAUGCCGUAAUCCUCGGCGGUCUACAUAUUGGUGGUGGAUCGUCGAAAUACCUCGUAUAAUUCACCAACUGUUUCCUAUUAUAUAAAAAGAGAAUGAAUAAGAUGACGGUAUAAUCCAUUAGUGGAAAUCUAUAUAUUCAAUUGAUCGUCGCUUCACCCCUGACUUGGUUUAAAACUCGAGUUCAUGUUCUUUUCUUUGU